AUGUUACAAAGUUGCAAUCAACAAUCGAACUUUUGGGGCUUUCCCGGUAGUCCAUUACCAUUUUUUGCAAACGUAUCCGAAUUAAAAAGUCCAUUAGGACAAUGUAUCAGUCAUCAUCAACCAUCCUCAUCUUCAUCAUCAACAAACUUUUUAAGCAAUAAUGGUACGAAUAAUGUUAGUAAUCAUAAAAUGUAUGAUUCUAAUUUAUCUACAGCACUUCCUCUCGGUACAUCAUCGAACGGAGCUUGUAGUUCCGGUUCAAAUACAUCAAUUACACCUCCAAAUUCUAUGCCCGAUUUUUCACGUGCAACAACAUUAAAUUUAACACAAUUUAACUAUCUUAAUCAUCCAACAUUUAUUUCACAAUCCACAACACCAACAAAAGAUGACAGAAUGAAUACAACUUGGCCACCGUUAAUGCCAACAAAUUGGCAAACGAAAGCAUCAUCACUGGAACAAACCACAUUAGAAAAAGAUCUUAAACGAAAGAGUAGUCGACCAACAUUUACGGGUCAUCAAAUAUUUGCAUUAGAAAAAAUGUUUGAACAAACAAAAUAUUUAGCCGGACCCGAACGUGCACGAUUAGCAUAUUCUUUAGGAAUGUCUGAAAGUCAAGUGAAAGUUUGGUUUCAAAAUCGUCGUACUAAAUGGAGAAAAAAACAUGCAGCAGAAAUCGCCGGUUCAAAACGUAAACAAGAUGGAGAAACAGCUAUAAAUCCAGAUUCUGAUUCAAAUUCGAACUGA